AACAACUUCAGUCGAUGAACAUUCACGACUUGAUCAAUCAAUUUACCAUCUUAACCUAGUACCUUGUAUCUAACCUCAGCAUUGUUCAUUCAGUGGCCCAGACAUACGUAAGCAAUACUUCAAAGACAUCUAUGGUGAAAUACUAGUAAAGUACGAAUAUACAGGUUACGUUUUAUAGUCGUAUUUGAUACCGCGUCUUCUCGAAAAACAAAUGAUGAAUGAGUAUAUGUUAUUAUAGAUGGUUGUAUAGGGUACAUAUUUCUAAGAUUAGUCGGUCAUACGCAAUGUCGAAUCUGCGAAAUAUGCGCAUCAACUGAAGUAUCCACAUCACAAUAUCACAAAAAGAUACCAUGGAAGAAAUAGUAAAUUUAUUGUUGAUAGCUCGACAUUUCUCCCAUUUUGGACAAUUCUAGAUUAUGUCAACCAUAGUCACUAACCACUAAUUACGACAAUCAAGUGGAUUCCAGCCAGGUGGUCUGAACUUGCCAACACAGCUCUGUCCAAGAAGUCAAUGAUUUGAUGAACUGAUGCCACUGUUCAGUUUACCUGGCUACUGACUUUUUUCUCACUCUUACAUCAAUUAACAUGGGCCUAAGUCGAUGAACAUUAACGACUUGACCAACCAAUUUACCAUCUUAACCUAGUACCUUGUAUCCAACCUCAGUAUUGUUCAUUCGGUGGCCCAAACAUACAUAAGCAUUACUUCAAAGACAUCUAUGGUGAAAUACUAGUAAAGUACGAAUAUACGGGUUACGUUUUAUAGUCGCAUGUGAUGCAGUUUAGGAAAUUCCAUCCCGUUUUUCUGUAUCCGUGCCGAUAUUUGGUUAAAUACCAACUCAUCAAGGUUGACGACACUUCCGAGAUAUAUGAAGGGAUCCGUGUGUCGACAAGCUAAUUUCAUGUCAGGUCAAUUCUAGAAAAUUAAGUUGACGGGAACGUUAUCUCUAAAAGUAUAUCGAUGACAUAGUAAAUGAGAUUAGAGAAGGCGGACAGCCCUAACGAACACCAUUUAAUGUCAUAAACUCUGAUGAUGGUUUACAAUAUGCUCUGAUUCGACCAAUAAUAUCCCAGUAGAGAGCUUAUACAGAAUUGAUGUAGUUCUUUGGUAAGCCCUUCAGGGAUAGACACCGCCUUAAAACCUGUCGAUCUACGGAGUAAAAAGCAACCAAAAUUAUGAUUGACCGUUAGUAGGCGUAUCUAUGUUUUGGAACCUGGAGAGGUGUGAGUAUCUGGUUUUCCCUGUUUCAUUCUUCAAUAGCCCUAGUUAAACUUUGCUCACUAUUAAAGCUAAUAUUUUCGACAUUAUGUUAGUCAAGCCGAUUCCUCUUCGGUUGUCACAAGAGGAUUUUUGUCUCUCCUCAUAAACAGGAACAGACAACAACUGGGACCAUUCAAAUUGGAUAAAGUCUAGCUUCCAGAUUCCGUCUAACAUCUCAACCAAGACAACUACUAAAAUUAGACUAGCAUUCUUAAACACCUCGGGUUAAGACAUCAGGGUUUGCUGCCUUACCGUUCUUUAGAUUAACCAUGGCUCUCGAAACUUCAGAGUUGAACAGCUUAAAUAAGAAUCCAACAUAGGUUGUUUGAUAACAGUACGUAACUAGGGACCAGUCAAACUGUUUUUCAAAGUACUGCGCCCAUCAUUUCAGUGUGUCGGAUUGAGAGUAAAUUACCAGCCCAUCCUUCACUGAAAUAACAUCACCAACUCCUAAAUUUUGAAUACCUAUUUCUUUUGUAAGUCUGAAAAGUUAUUUAUUAGUGCCUGUUACUACUAACAUUUCCAUCUGUCUUUCAUUACACACCUUUGCUCAAGAUACAGAAAAUCUGGAUAUUUAUCGUUUUAUUUGUGACGUGAAUAUCCUGGAUGCUUUUGCAACUAUGCUUAGAUUAAUAGUAAAAUCCGUAAUUAACCAAUCGAGUUAUGACACAUAAACCAUCGUUUUUUAUAUUGUUUGCUGAAUUUUCAUUGAACUUUGCUCAGAUGUAGUGUUUUUGACAGUUUUACUGUUUCUGAUGCGUUCUUAGGGGCUUAGAACACAUCAAUAUCACUUAACAAAGAAGUAAUUCCAUGGUUAGUGAUAUGAAAGAGGUACCGAAAUGUACAACCAGAUAGAUGUCAUUGAGUUCAUGACUGUUGAUUUACUAAAAAAUUUUCACCAAUCUCAAAUGUCAUAUAGGAUUUAUGUAGAUAAGUCCGUAUAUUACGUCAAGAAAAUCAUUUAAUUUCCUUUUACAAAUCUAAAGAUGAAAACCAGGAAGAACUAGACGGCUAUUUCUGCCUUGCAUAGAUCUCCUCAGCAGUACGCACUUACGACCCCACACGAGGGACUCUAACCCAGAACCUUCGGUUCCGUGAGCUAACACUUAACCUCCAAAACCCUGAGUCGGCACCCAACAGUGUGAAUGUCUAACUUCAGUGGAUCCAUGAUCUUGCGCAACCAUUUAUCCAUUGUCUGUGGCAGAUGCCUGAUAUGAAGUACCGAAGUCAUUUGGGUUAAAUGUUAACUUACGAAGUGUAACUUAUAGCUUAAAUAAGUGAAUUAAGCACACUUAUUGUUCAUUUGUUUAACUGGUUUGCACUGACAAUACACGUUUACUGAGGUAAUCAAUGUUUUAUGUGUUAACUGAGGAUAUAUACGUCACUGAACAUUCUGAUAUCCAGUUGACGAGUUGGAGUCAGUGGUCGAAACAUAAUACAAUCUUUAUCUACAGUAUUGCAUUCUUCUUUUUAAUCGAGCCAUAUCAUUCUUUUUCAUUUGAACAAGUAAUUAGGAGCAGUUUAUCCUACAGUCGUAACAAACACUAAUACCGUUAGCAGUAAUAGCACCCUAGUAAGAAAUUACAAUAUGUUUAAGUCAAUCAGUUAGACCGGGGAUAGAAAUAUAAAGUUGGUUCAUUUCAUAUCACCAUAGUAAAAGGAAAUUUCUAAAAUGGAAAACAAACAAUCCAAGUAACAUUAGUUUUAUUCAUUUUAAAAAGUUACAUGUCGAGAACAUGGACCAAAAAUUACAAAUUAGUUUAAUAAAGAAAAAGUAUGAAAAUAUGCUAAAAAAACUCGUGAAAUAGAUGAGGAUAAAUAAUGAAUCAACUUUCAAUAUCACUGAUGUGAACAGGGAAACAAGAAGCCCUGACAAACUACGUAAGCUAUUUUUCGGGACGUUACUUCAUUUUAUUCAAAGCUUGCAAAACACUGACAUUUAUUUUUGUCCCUAUUUUAUUCUACAGAACAUGAGCUUUCGUUUGAUGUAUCAUUCACUGCCAUACCCCUUUUUGUUCCGAGGCUAUUGUAAUUUAAACAUAUUUUGCACCUUAUUUUCUACUCUAGUUCCCAGUUUUGGACAUAAUUGUAUUUUCCCACAUUAUUGUACGUUGUCGUUGGGUAAAUCAUCUAUUUAUUCAUGUACCUUUUUGCACUAAUCUAAAUUCAGAGAUUUCACAGGAAAUCGGGAUAUCGCAAUAGAACCAACAGUGUUCCAACUGUCUUGUCUUCUCUCACUACUAUGCUUGCCAGUCAGUCAGGUGCUAGAAUAGUUUCCUUCUCUCUACCCCACCUCGAACUCACGCGUACUAGCCUCAAGGUUAAACCGGCCAGCCUAUUGCGUCAAGGUCUUAAUCUAGAGUAGACAGAUCAAGGUCAUAACAAUCACGAUCAAUGGGAUUAUACUCCGAAUGCAGCUCUUCUAGGGCUACUGUUGGUCCCAAGUCCGGGUAAAGGAAAACGGUUGAGAGUGAUGUUGGCAACCCCAUAUCAUAGAAAACAACAUUGCUAAAAAAAACGCUAACCAGAUUAAACAAUUUAAACCAUUUUAACUCUGUCCUCCCACUUGAACGAAGAAUUAUGAUGUCUCAUAUUGAAAGCCGAGAUUCUUCAGAAGUCACGAGGUCGAUGCCUCAUCUAACAAACAGACCAACAAUUAAUACAGAUACAUAGAAUGUUCAGACAAUGUGGGAGAGCGAGAACACCAACCAAAUAGCUGAAGAAAUGAAGAGAUACAACAUGAGAGUAAUUGGAUUCAGUGAAACCCAUUGGAUCCAAACUGGACGGAAAAGAAUAGAUUCGAGAGAGAUGAUGCUGUACUCUGGACACGAAGAAGGAAAUGCCCCACACACUCAGGGAAUUGCUCUGAUACUGUUCAAAGAAUCAUGUGAAGCACUUAAAGGAUGGGAAUCUCAUGGAUCCAUGGUCAUCAAAGCAUCCUUCAAAACGAAGAAGGAACAAAUCACGAUGAAUAUUAUCCAAUGUCAUGCACCCACCAAUGAUAUCGACGAUGACGAUAAAGAUCAGUUCUAUGAGAGGCUGCAAUGAAUUAUAGCAAAAGGCUCAGGAAAUUACCUGACCUUCCCGAUGGGAGACCUAAACGCCAAAAUCAGGAUGGAGAAUACAGGGUGUGAAGAUAUAUUGGGACGACACAGACUGGCUUGGAGAGAGAAAAUAACUCUCAACAACAGGUUCCAAGCCUUACAGAAUUUACUCAAAGAAGAAGAAACUAUGAACGAGGACAACAAGAAAUGGAUCGAAGCAGUACUAAUUUCAAUGUGUCAUGAGAUUCUGAGUUGUAAGAAGCGUCAUAAUAAGGAACGAAUCUCUACCAAAACCAAGCAGAAAUACUUGCUUGUCGGCUCCAAUGCUAUUCUUCACUCUCGUGUUUGAGUAACGACAGCGGAAAAAUCGGUAAGUGAAGGAAAUAUGAAACAACUAUAUGACACAACGAAAAAACUAGAAGGGAAAUAUAGUAAACCAGAUAGACCGGUCAAGGACAAAGAAGACAUGACGAUCACUGAAAUUAGAGGAAAGAGGAACAGAUGGGUGGAACACUUCGAUCCAGAUCCAUUGAAUCCAUCGAACAUCCAAUCACCACACACAGACAACCCUAUAGAUGUCACUCCACCAACGACGGAUGAAAUCAGGAUGGUAAUCGGACAAAUCGAGAGUGUGAAAGCAGUCUGACCUGACAAUAUACGAGCCGAAGCACUAAAGUCAGACAUAGAAGUAACUGCAAACAUGCCCCACAUCCUAUUCUGGAUGAUUCGGGAAGAGAAACAAGAGUCGUUGGACUGGAAAUAAACACACCUUAUCAAGAUACCAAAGAAAGGAGAUCUGAGUAAAUGUGCGAACUACAGAGGAAUCACACCACUGUCAAUACCAAGAAGGAUUCUCCACAGUGUUGAUGAACCGGAUGAAAGAUCCUGAGGACGCUCAACUUCGAGAUCAACAGACUGGAUUCCGUAAGGAUCGGUCUUGCUCAGAUCAAAUCUCCACAAUAUGGAUCAUCGUCGAAUAAUCAGUUGAGUGGAACUCGUCACUACACACCAACAUCCUUGUUGUUAAGGCGUUUGACAGUGUGGAUGCGAGAACAUCAUGGAAAAUUUCCGCGACACUAUGGUGUACAUGAGAAGAUGAUCAACAUCAUGCGGAAUUCACACGACGAACUACAGUGUAAAGUCUGGUAUGGAGGGCAGCUGACAGAAGCAUUCCAAGUGAGGAAAGGAGUCAGACAAGCCUGCUUAAUCUCUCCCCCUUCCUCUUUCUUCUUGUGGUUGAUUGGAUUAUGAAGACCUCGACAUCUGAGGGGAAGCAUGGAAUACAAUGGUCAGCUUGCAUGCAACUGGACGAUUUGGACUUCGUAAAUGACCUAUCCCUUCUAUCCCAUACACACGAACAAAUGCUCAUCAAAACAACCAGUGUAGCAGCAGCCACUGAAUCAGUACGCCUCAACAUACAUAAGGCAAAAGCAAGGUCCCCAAAUACAACACAGAGUUCAGAACGACAACCCAAUCACACUUGAUGGAGAAACUCUAGAGAGGUGGAAAGUUUCAUGUAUCUGGAUAGCAUCAUCGACGAACUGAUCUGAUGAUCUGAUGCAGGCGUAAAGGCGAGGAUUAGCGAAGCAAGGGCCGCAUCCCUACAAUUGAAGAACAUAUGGAACUCAAAACAACUGUCUGAGAACCAACAUCAAAGCCAGAAUCUUCAAUACUAAGGUCAGUACAGUUGGUUGUGUUGUACGGAGUUGGAAUUUGAAGAACUAUAACAACCAUCAUCAAAAAUGUACAAGCAUUUAUGAACAGUUGUCUACGUUGGCCGGAUACCAUCAGCAACAGCCA